UAUGGAGUGAAGAAUUUGUAACAGAAGAAAGUCAUAGUGACAUAUACGAGAGAUGUCUAAAAUAGAUUUAAGACAUCUUAAAUGCAAUUAAAGGCAAGUUGCUAUGUGCAAACUGAAAGCAACAAGAGCAAUCUUAUUGGCAUGGUCGAUGUUGUUGAUCAUUUACAUCAACUCGUAUUUCUACCUUCUCUCAGAAGACGAUUCCACUGAUUCCAGAAAAACAGACAAACCUUAUAAACAUAGUAUUGCCUUACCCACAUCUACUUAUCAUAUUUCGACAUUUCCAGAAAGAAUCAAAAUCAAUGAUUCUUAUGAAAGAGGUUUUUCCGUCACCAACUCGAAACUAUGUCCUGAAGAAGGGAGUAAUAUUUUGGUUUUCAUUGCUGUAUUUUCCUCGCCACACAACGAAGACGGCAGAAAUGUAAUAAGGAAUACUUGGGGUUGUUGUUCGAAACGAAAAGAUAUCGCUUUGGGGUUCCUGAUUGGAGCAUUCCAUAACAGGACCGUAGAGAGGGUUUUAAAGCGAGAACAGCAUUUUUUUCAAGAUAUAAUACAGACAAAAUGCAUUGAUUCUUAUGAUAACCUAACUUAUAAGACUUUAGCCAUGCUAGAAUGGGUAAGCCGAUUUUGUAUGAAGUCCAAGUUUGUUCUGAAAACCGACGACGAUAUGUUCAUAAAUGUUGGGAAAUUGCUAGACUUGAUCAAAACUAUUCCAAGUGAAGCUAACGCCAUGUAUGGCAAGGUUAUCGACGGAAUGCCACGCUUCAAAUAUGAAAGUUCGAAACAUUACUUACCUUCAACUCAAUAUGAUCAAGAUAUUCUCCCAACUUACCUUUCUGGUCCCGCUUACCUCAUUCCAACUCAUUUAUCCCAACUUCUCCUAAAUAAAUCUCUGGACCAUACAUCUUUCAAGCUCGAAGACGUCUUUAUUAGCGGCAUUAUAGCAACCAGCUUGAGAAUAAAGUUAGUACAUAAUCCAGGAUUCUACAAUUUCCACCUGAAUAUCAACCCCUGUAAUGUCCAGCAUCGGAUAAGCUUGCAUAAUAUGAAUCGCGACGAACAGUUAGAGAUAUGGAAAAACUUGCAUAAUCCUUUCAUAACAUGCGGAUUCAGUAAAUUAUAUUGAACUAUAAAAAUAAAGU